AGUCGAGCGUGACCGACGCCCCAUCUGGGAAACACUUCGUGGGGUUGCCUAUCAACCGCUCACAAACCGGCCCGACCAUCACACAGAUCCAUGCCAGGGCUUAUUGAGGUCCUCCUAGCGCGACACUAACUGGAUGUACGCAGUUUUGUACUAAUCUUGGGCCUUUCGCUUUUUCUAAACACUAAUAAAACCUGCCGACGACAUCUGAAUAAAGCCUGAAUAUCUGCUAUUGUUAUUUUUCUUGGGACAUUACAGCAGUAGCUAGCCGAUAGCUACUUUGGCUUUGACCACUGCGGCCAGCAGGUGGUGCUUCAGGAUGCUGCAGUGCUAAGGAUGCUAGUUGUCGUAGCUCUGCUCACGAUGGCUGGGAUGGGUGAAGCUGAGGUCUGCACAGACCUGGAGAACUGCUCCAGCGCCAACAGCUCCAAGGACUGGUGCUACACGGGCCGGAUCCGCAGCACCGUGCUUCAGGGCCUGCCCUUCGGAGGAGUGCCCACCGUUCUCGCCCUUGACUUUAUGUUCUUCUUGGCGCUGCUGUGUAUAUUCUCACUCUUGCGGAAAGUGGCGUGGGAUUAUGGCCGUCUCGCAUUGGUAUCGGACGCUGACAGUAGGCGGAAUCAGCAGUAUCAACGUCUGGACGAUCAGGAAUAUGUGGCCUCCGCCAUGCAGACGCCUGCUGACUCCCGAUAUGAGCGGCUCACCUCUGUGUCCAGCUCGGUCGACUUUGACCAAAGAGACUAUGGUUUAUGUUCCUGGCUAACUGCCAUCUUCAGGAUAAAAGAUGACGAGAUCAGGGAGAAGUGUGGUGAGGACGCUGUACACUACCUCUCGUUCCAGCGGCACAUCAUUGGUCUGUUGGUGGUGGUGGGCGUGCUCUCCGUGGGCAUCGUCCUGCCCGUCAACUUCUCAGGAGACCUACUAGAAUAUAAUGCCUACAGUUUUGGGCGAACUACAAUAGCCAACUUGAAGUCUGGCAAUAACCUGCUGUGGCUGCACACUACAUUUGCCUUCUUAUAUCUGUUACUGACCGUAUACAGCAUGAGGAGACACACUUCAAAGAUGCACUACAAAGAAGACGACUUGGUGAAACGCACUUUAUUCAUAAAUGGGAUUGCAAAAUAUGCAGAAGACAGUCAAAUAAAGCAGCAUUUUGUGCAAGCUUAUGAAAACUGCGUAGUGCUGGAUGCUCGAAUUUGUUACGAUGUCGCCAAGCUGAUGUCCCUGGAGUCGGAAAGGAAAAAGGCAGAACGCAGCAAAAAGUUCUACACUGAUCUGAUGGCCAAAGAGCAUGUACACACAAUGAUAAACCCCAAACCCUGUGGACACCUGUGCUGCUGUAUCAUCAAGGGCUGUGAGGAGGAAGAUGCGGUGCAUUACUACACUGUACUUGAGGCCAACCUGAAGGAAGAAUACAGAAAAGAAAGGGAGAAAGUCAACACAAAACCUCUUGGGAUGGCGUUUGUGACCUUCCAGAAUGAAGCAAUGACAGCACUCAUUUUGAAGGACUUUAACGCGUGUCAGUGUCAUGGCUGUCACUGUCGAAGAGAGCCAAAGUCAUCUCCAUUCAGCUGCAUCCUCAACACUUGUAACUGGACAGUCACGUACGCUCCAGACCCACAGAACGUCUACUGGGAGAAUUUGUCCAUUGGUGGCCUCAAAUGGUGGCUCCGCUGCUUUGUCAUCAACUGCCUGCUCUUUCUCCUGCUCUUCUUCCUCACGACCCCCGCCAUUAUCAUCUCCACCAUGGACAAGUUCAACGUCACCAAACCCGUGGAGUACCUUAACAACCCCAUCGUCACCCAAUUCUUCCCAACCCUGCUGUUGUGGUGCUUCUCAGCUCUUCUCCCUACUAUCGUCUACUACUCCGCCUUUUUUGAGGCCCACUGGACACGAUCUGGAGAGAACAGAACCACCAUGCACAAGUGCUACACCUUCCUCAUCUUUAUGGUUUUGCUGCUGCCAUCUCUUGGACUCAGCAGUUUGGAUCUUUUCUUCCGCUGGCUCUUUGACAAGAAAUUUCUUGAUGAGGCAAAAGUACGAUUUGAGUGUGUGUUCCUGCCAGAUAAUGGAGCCUUCUUUGUGAAUUAUGUCAUCGCGUCUGCCUUCAUCGGUAACGCCAUGGACCUGUUACGCAUACCGUAUUUUCUCUUGUAUAUGAUCCGCCUGUGUUUGGCACGCUCCGUCGCUGAGAGGCGCAACGUGAAGAAGCAUCAAGCGUACGAGUUCCAGUUUGGAGCUGCUUAUGCCUGGAUGAUGAACGUCUUCACUGUGGUCAUGACAUACAGCAUCACUUGUCCUAUUAUUGUACCAUUUGGUCUGAUGUACAUGCUGCUCAAGCACCUUGUGGACAGGUAUAAUAUGUAUUAUGCCUACCUGCCCUCUAAGCUGGAUAAAAAGAUUCACUCUGGAGCUGUUAACCAGGUGGUGGCAGCACCGAUACUCUGCCUCUUCUGGCUGCUUUUUUUCUCCACUGUCCGUACAAGUUUUGUUGCUCCGACAUCAAUGUUUACCUUUGUGGUUUUGGUCAUCACCAUCAUCAUCUGCCUCUCCCAUGUCGUCUUCGGUCAUUUUAAAUACCUCAGCGCACACAAUUACAAGAUCGAACUGGAUGGUGUGGACAACGGAAGACCACCAGACUCAUCCCCACCUGUCAAGUCUAUGCAGACGUAUGUUGCUCAAGUGCUCCAGGACCCGAACUCAGACGAGACGGGCUGCGUCGAGGAUGAAGGGCAGGGGUCCUCGCAGGACGAGGAAGCGGUAAACGAGGGUGAUUUUCAGUCAGGACAAGACAGCCUUAUUGAGAACGAGGUGCACCAGUGACCAAGACUGAACUGAACUAUAUGAAGCUAGCAGGACUCCAAGCCUACCGAACAAAGAUCCACCACACCACACUGCGCUGUUUGGGUUUGAGAAUCCAUUGCAGCAGAUACACUUUGUACAUUAUCACUGGGUCUUAGAGGCCCGAUGGCCAAUUCUCAAGAAUUUGGUGUGGCUCUCGAUUGAUCGUGACAGUCGGUCACAUUCUCUCCAUGUAUAUGAGAAAUUGGUUCAUCAUAGUUUCAUAAUUUACCCUGUUCUUACAGAUGUUGGUAGGCACCGAAUUUCUUCACAUCGCAAGCCCUUGUCUCAUAAAUAAGCAACAAAUCGAUAAUGGGAAAUUUGCGUUUCACAUUUAAAUAUUCCUAUUAUGAUGAACUAAAACCAGUUAUAGUGCUAUUUCAGGUGGGUUUCAGGUGGAGAGAAAGUUCUGUAUUAUUCCAGACAGUAAGUAAAGGAUAAUGUACAGUCAGCUGGUCAUUAAGGAAAAAUCAAGCCAGAAAGGUUGAUCAGGACCCAAAUGUGAAUAUCCUACUUAAAGGGACAGUUCACCCAAAAAUGAACAUUCUCUCAUCAUUUACUCACCCUCAUGCCAUCCCAGAUGUGAUUUUCUGUAUGAAUAUGGAUAUUUCAGCUCUGUAGGUCCAUAUAAUGCAAGUGAAAAGUGGCCAGAACUUUGAAGCUCCAAAAAGCACAUAAAGGUAGCAUAAAAUAAAUCCAAAAGACUCCAGUGGUUAAAUCAAUAUCUUCUGAAGCGAUAUGAUAGGUGUGUGUUAAGUCCUUUUUUUUUUUUUUUACUAUCAUUCUCCACUUUUAUAUUCUUCUUUUGUUUUUGGCAAUUUGCAUUCUUCAUGCAUAUCACCAUCUGGCCUGGGAAGAGAAUUUAUAGUAAAAAAGGACAUAAAUAUUGAUCUGUUUCUCACCCACACCUACCAUAUCGCUUCUGAAUGAUUAAAACACUGGAGUCGUAUGGAUUACUUUUAUGUUGCAUUUAUGUUCUUUUUGGUGCUUCAAAGUUCUGGUCACCAUUCACUUGCAUUUUAUGGACCUACAGAGCUAAAAUGUGUUCUGCAGAAGAAAGUCGUACACAUGAGGGUGAGCAAAUGAUGAGAACAUUUUCAUUUUUGGGUGAACUAUUCCUUUAAACCUGUCAAGAAAAUGUCCUAGUCCUAUUUUACUCCAAAAUUAGAACUUUUUGAAUGUAAGGAUAGAUUUGGCCCAGCUGAAAUGGCACUAUAGCACAAUUAUAUUUAGGAUUAACAAAUUAAUUUAUACAGCUUUUCAUAAUUUUUUACCAAAGUAAAUGUCUUUAAAAUGGAGGUCAUAAAUACUUCCCCUUGUGUUAGUAAAAUGUUAGAUAAAACAGCAGUGAAAUACUCCCUCCAUUCUCCUGAAGUAACUAGUCCUUUUAGAAAACAGCCACCGAACACUAACUCGAUACUUGAACUGGUAAAGCCACUCAAGACUGUCCUACAGACAGAGGCAAUUUCUCUAUUCUUGGAACCGCUGUCCAACAUCAUGGUCAAAUGCUUCUUUUGUCCAUCUGCUGAGCUCUUUUGCACCUCCAGUGUUUCAAGAGUUUAAAUGGAAACUCUCGCACUACUAAUACAUUGUUUUGCUAACCGUAGGAGUUAUGCUACGUCCUGAAUCACACAUCAUAUGGACCAAGUUUGAAUUGUGUUGCACUACUGUGGAAUGUUCUUUGGACUGUAGCAAAAUGAGUUCUCUCUUUGGAUAUUAAUGCAGGAAUUUGAAUAGUGAAUAUGUGAAUGUUUUUCUUUUUGUUAUGCAUGGAUAUGAAAUUACAGGGAAAGAAAUGCAUCUGUUUUAAUCAGGUUUUUAUUGAAUUGAAUUUUUUAUUUUAUUAGUGCUAACUAAUAGUGCUAAGUGAUGUAGACAUUAACCACCGUUCAUAUAAACACAAACUGUUAAAUGCAUGGAAAACAUACCUGGAAAUGUCUGUGCAUUUUAAUCAUUUGGUUUCUAAUGGCAAGAUAUUAAGAAUUAUGACACAUUUAUUGGAUCAAACCAUCUAAGACGGUCUUUGCGUCCUUAUAAUAGCCUUGCGGUGGUUUUCCAUUUCUGCAUAGAACUUAAAAUCGAACACUGCUAUCGUUUCUCUUGAUGACCUGUGUGCUUUACAAGUUGCUCACUGGCACUUUCUUGCAUUGUGUUUGGUUUGUUUUGGUGUAUGCAUUUACUGGUUGAAGUCUGCAAAAACUAGUAAAUUCAUAAAGUGUUACCAUGAAUGAGGUUAAAACAUUUUUGUGUUUGGUUUGUAAUCUGCAACAGAUACAUUCUUUAUACUGUCCAAAAUAAGAAAUAUAUGAUCCAUAUUUCAUAUAUUUCUAUUAUUCUUCCAACUAUUAGUUAGGUAGUUAAUACAUUAUAUUUUGGAAAAAUAAAAAUAGGCUUCUUUUGUAAUUUUCUUUGCAUUUGAUUUUUAGGAUUAUCAGGAUAUUUUCCUCACAAAUUUUCAUUUCUGUAGUUCAAAAUUAAAAACCAAAAAAAAUCUCAUUCUCAUUACUGUAAUUCAUUUUGAAGGAUGCAUUUGCAUUAUAAUAAGGAUAUUUUCCCCCACACGUUCUUUACUGUAAUGCAAAAAAAAAAUAAACAUUCUCAUUGCAUCAUAUCAGUAAUGAAAGUCAUCCUUUCUGGACAUGUUAUUAUAAUCAGCUUAAAUACAAUACUUGAUGUAUUAAUGCUUUACCAUUUAAAAGUGCAUUUUUUUUGUGCAUUACAGUAAUGUGAAUGAGAGAUGGUCAGGUUAUAUUUCUUCCCAAAAUCCAAAAAAGACAAAAGAAAAAAUAAACGACUCUUUUGGGCCGUUAUAUUUUUUUGCAUUGCAUUUUCAUUAUAAUAAAGAUUUUUUUAAUUACCGUAAUGCCACAAAAAAUCUCAUUCUCAUGACCGCAAUACAGUAAUGAAAAUCAUCCUGUCUGGACCCAGUGGUUUAUUUAAGAUGAUUUUAAUAAUAAUAAUAAUAAUAAUAAAGUAUUUAAAACAUAUAUUACUAUGAUGUAUAAAUGCAUCACAAUCCGCAUAAUAUACCUUUUAUUGCACAUUACAAUAAUGAGAAUGAGGUUUUUGGUUUUGCAUCGAAUGUGCUUAAUUGUCAUGGAUAUAUCACAGAGCAAUGCAGUUACAUUGCAAAAAAAUCAUAAUGGGUGUAAAAUAGGCUCAAUUUACUUUUUUGCAAAAUAAUUUCUCAUUUUUGAUUUUGAUUUUGGAGUGAAAUACAACUGGACGUUCUUGACCAGUUUCGUGAGAUUCUCUCUUUUAGAGCAAGGCAGCUUCAUGUUGAAAUAACACUAGUAAACCCACACUACUCCGUGCAGAUGACGACUGUGCCCGUGUGCUUACUCUAAACUCCUUUCAUUUUCCGUUCCUGCUAGCUGACCUUGUUUAUAGUCCUUAUUGCAACAUUUACUGUUUACAGGAAUAACAAUACAGUGUUUAAACUGACAUGUUCUGCACCAGAUGUUGACUUGAACAGUUGAACAGUGAAUUUACAUUAGGAAGCAAAUCAGUUCAUUUGUGUAAAUCACACUAUUACGCUUUGUUAUUUUGAAAUGCAAAUACACACUGUAAACACCGUAGGCUAUGCACUUCAUGUGAAAUAUAUGUAACAUUAUCAUGGUGUUUGUAACCAUAUCAAGCCAUUAGGUGGAUAACAUGGUCAAAAGCCAGAGCUUUAUACGCCUAAAGCUUAGUAUAUACUGUAGGUGAUGACCGUAUGACUGCAUUCUGGAUUUAUUUAAGAAUAAAACACUGUUCUUAGGCAUGAUGAGGUGGCAGUAAUUUAUUUAUGUAUCUUCAUCAUUUGUUACAGAUAUUGUCUGCAAUAUUUAUUUUAUUUGUCUGUGAUAUCAUCUCCUGAUUGAAUCAUUUGGCCUGGUGUGCAGCGGUUAAAACUGUGUAAUAUUAAUGUAAAUAAAAUAAGCAUUGCGAUGCUCUUGAAACACUAAACUGUAUUUACAGCUUUAUUUGUACAAUAUAGCCAGAAAAACCAUGAAUUUUCUUUUUGCUUUUGACCUUUCAGAUUUUUCUGUGUGUCAGGAAGAUCUAAAUAUACUCUUGCGAUUGUGAUUUUUAACAGUUUUGUAUCUUGACCUCCCUUCAAAAUGAUCUUUUGUAUGAUGUCAUCCUCAAACUGUAUCAUGUCUUUCAAGAAUAAAAUAGGCAAUUACUGACAAAACAAUAUAAAAUGUCAAUUAUUUGCUGCCUCUAUGGGCCCAUGUCAUUUAUAAAUGAUGCAAAGAAAGAAAACGGACCGUUUUAUAAGCCGCUUUUCAGUUCAGCGAGGUCAUAUGGGCUCUGUUGUACUCAAUUCGAGUUUUAUUUUCCGUAAUGAGAUGGGAUUCGUUGGUUAUCGAGGCAAGAAACAUGUUUUUAUGCACAUUUGAAGGCCAAUAAAAUCUGUAUGUGCAUUAGAUCAUUAAAAUGCAUAAUGUGUAAUAAUAAUUGAACAUUUUGGCUUCUAAAUAGUUUUGGAAUGUAUAAAUGACAAUGGACAUUCUAAUAUGGAAUAUUGGAAUAUAAAUGGAAUAUUUAAUGCAUAGACACAAUCUGUAACUUAUGUGGAUAUAUUUAAAUAUUGCAUUUAAUAUAUUUCUCCUAUAGAUAAAAAUGACUUGAUUAUAUUCUGUUUGUCCAAGUGCUUUUUUUUUAAUAAUUCUUAUAACUUUUUAUGUUGAUGAACCUAAUGAAUCAAUUAAUAAAAUGUAAUUGUCAUAUAUCAAUGACUGAGCAAAGCUGAA